GUAAAAAUGAAAGCUAAGAGCAUUUCUUACAAUUUAAAUCUUGCUGGCAAGCUACAAGAUAAUCCUGUAUCCCACGAUGGUGCAGGGUUGCCAGAGUGUUUCCCUAGCCAAUCCGAGCUGAUUGGAUGCUUGUUCAGAGACUCUAUCAAGCUGAACUCCAAAUGGAUAGGUGUAACUCUUCCAAGAGUAGACUUUAUGGUUGGUAAGAGGCAGGAACAGUCAAGCGAGCUGGAUGAGCUCAAAAAUAAAAUCUUAUCAGACUUUUGCCCCUUUGACGCGAUUUCACAUCCCUCUGGACCAGAUCAGACUCCUGCGAUGCCUAAGCCAUCUAUCAAAAAGGAGACUUCAGAUGUGUCCGAGCAUGAGCACUUUAGGUCCAAUGAAGAGGAGAAAUUCACUGCUAUCAAAACCAAGCAGUUUGAUACCUUCCUAUUCAAGCCGAUGAAGGGGGAGACUGAAGACAUGGCAACUGAGAGGCUGAAGAACUUACUCAAACUCAACUAUAAAAUCGACGUGGCAAACAACACUUUUGAUAUAUAUUUCGAAAGAAGCCAUCAGACUAAUCGCAAAAGAAGAAUGCUACGUUGUAGGUACGAUGGCUGAUCCAAGAAUUUUAAGAAAGCCUGGAACUUGUUUGAUCACAUGAGGAUUCACACAGGCGACAAGCCAUUUAAGUGUCAUAUCUGUGGGAGAGGGUUCGCUCAGAAUGGGAAUCUUACUAAGCAUAUUAAACUUCACACAAGUGAGAAUCGUAAGAUUCAUCAAUGAGAAAUAUGUGGAAGAAAGUAUACUGAAAGGUUCAAUUUAAGAGUACACAUGAAGAAGCAUGAAUAAAGAUACAUCACCUGUUGGACUUGUAAUGAUUAAUUAUUCGAAAAAUUUCCCGAUUAACUUCUCUUUUCUCACAAUUUUUCUUGCAGCUAUUGGAGCACUGGUUAGGCCCAAUUGCGUUUGUCAAAACCCGGAUUGUCCCGAAUGUGUUGAGCUGGGCACAACUAAGGAUGGGUGAGGCCUAGACCCAUCUAAAAUGGAUUUCUUUUACCAGUUAAAAUUUAGACUUGAGGUGGGGUACAAUAAGUAUUAUUAGAGGCAAUUAAUCAUCACUUUGUUUGGAAUAGGAGUGAUGACGUUAGAGCAAAAAUACCAAAAAAAUAGAUCAGUUGAUAUAAAAAUAUUGUGGAAUGAAGGCAUAAGGGAUUAUAGGUCAGACAUUUCAUCAUUGCUUGUAGUCAAUGUUUAUAAUUUAUUUGCUUUCGACAGAUUAGAGCAUAGAUGACAACAGAAGACCUAAAAAUUUGAUAAAUAAACCAGGAGGCUAAAAUGGUGACUGGUACGUAUUGGUCUCACUAAGAGGUGCUGGAAAGAUAAGGAUUAAAGGGAGCGUAAUUGAGGUCUGCUUUCAGUUCUGAUAGUUAUUUUCCAUCAUGAGGCUUCACGCUUGUUGGAUAAUUUCUGAUGUACUCCUGACAAGCAAUUGUUGGAUAUUAAUACCAAUCAAGAUAUGGAGGAGUCGUGAAAAAGUUAGAUUUUUGAUUUAUGGUAAGCUAUGCUAAGCUUAUCUCAGCAUCUCUGUGGUUUGUACAGGAGCUGCUCUUUCCGACUCAUAAGGCCGUAGCUUCCUAACUGAAGAUGGAUACAUUUAGUUUUUGGGUAAUAACUACUGAAAUAACCUGAAUUAUAUUAUCCAAACACUCUGUAUUUAUUACAUCAAUAAAGCCGAAGAAAUGACGAGAACUUAGCAUUCAGAACGAGAAAUGACACGAGGAUUUAAUGAAGUCAACUCACUUGGUGUUACUGUGAGCUUGUGGUUUGCCAAGCCUUCGUCCAGACAAGAGGCUCUAUUUCUUUGAAUUUUGGCAUCGAAACCCUGGCAAAUUUUGGAGGCCAAACUAAGUUGCGUUGCUUAUUUAGGCAAUUGUGUUAACUGGAAAUCGUUUUGUUAAUAAUGCAGAAUUUAAGUAA